AUGUCCGGAACUGUUAAGUUGACGUCGCCUUUGGGAUUCGGAACAAGCACUGUGCCAAAGGAGGCUACCCCUGCCGGUUUUGCGGAGUCAGUCAAAACGCUGGGUUACGUCGCUGAUAACUAUACCAAUUUCUUCAAUGGGGGUGAGUUUUAUGGAGCGGAUGGAGCGAAUUUAAAAGCACUUCGACAGUUCCUUGAAGAUCGUUUAGCAGCAAGAAGCCCGGCGGGUAGUCGUCCCCUCAUUUUGAGUAUAAAAGGAUCUGUCGAUAUGAAGACCUUCACUCCGGACGGAUCCAAGGAAGGCAUAGAUCGCAGUAUUGGAAACAUAGUCCGUACACUCAACGAUGUUCGUGACCGUUACCCGAAGGACCUGCGGCCCCUUGUUAUGUACGAGAUCGCCCGAGUGGAUUCGCGCGUGCCCUACACUGAAUCAAUAGGUUACAUAUAUGAGCACGUGAAGAACGGAGACAUCGAUGGCAUCUCGCUCUCAGAGACGGGCGCCAAGACGAUAGAAGCAGCUGCUUCAGUGGCUCCCAUUUCGGCGGUGGAAGUGGAGUUCUCUCUUUUCACUCAGGACAUCAGACACAAUGGAGUGCUUGCCACCUGCAGAAAGCUCGGCAUUCCUAUCGUUGCCUACUCUCCACUUUGCCGAGGGCUAUUGACCAAGCAGUGCGUUCAAGACCCUCAAAAGUAUUUGGACGCAAUUCCGGAAACAGACAUGCGCAAAGCGGCCAGGAUCGAGAAGUUUCUGCCAGAGAAUUUUAUGCAUAACGUUAAGUGUCUUGAAGCACUCCAACAAUACGCACAUGAACGUUACAACGCCGAUCUGGAACAGCUCGCCAUCGGCUACAUUGUCAAAUUGUCCACACAGAAUUCCAGGAAUAAUUUGCCCUCCAUCAUACCCAUCCCCUCAGGAUCCACUGCAGAGAGGAUCGACCGAAAUUUCAAGUCCGUACUGCCUCUCACCGACCAAGACAUUGACAACAUCCACGAUUUGCUCGAUACCUACAAAGUAAAAGGCUUGAGGUACAACUCCAAGCUCGAAGCUCUGUGCUUCCAGUGA